AUGGGGAAGAACCUCUCCGGCGCGCAGAAGAGGAAGAAGAAAAAGGAGAGGGAAAAAGCUGCAGCGGAGGCUUUGGCGGAUAUGGAGCGGUUGAAGCUUGGACCGACGAAGUUAUGGACCGGAUUGGUGUUGCAUCACAAGGAUGUGUUUGUCUCGCAUGUGAUUUCGAAAUUGAAUAGGACAGAUCGGUUUUUCUUUUCAAAGGUGAAUAGAGAGAGUUGGAGUGUGCUUGCGUACGCAGGGGUAGAGCUAUUAUUGAAAUUACAAUGGUGUGUUCACGAAUGUUCAUCCAUCUCGACGUUGGAAUGGGCGUGGAAUAACACAGGUUGGGGAGAGAAAAGUAUAAGUGGAAGAGUGAGAGAUCAAGCCUGGUUUUGCUGGCAAGUUGCUUGUACGAACAAACUCGAGUUUCUCAAGUGGGCGAGAGAUGUAAAACAUUGCGAGUGGGAUGAAAAGACGAUUCUUCAGGCAGCAUUUAGAGGUAAUCUCGAGAUGCUGAAGUACUGCUUCUCUAAUGGUUGCCCGUGUGAUGAAGGAGAGUCGUGUAAACAUGCUGCUCGUAAAGGACAUCUCGACUGUGUUCGAUUUCUUUUCGACAAAGUGAAACCUUCGCGAAAGACGGAAAAAGAAGCGGCAGGACAAGCAGCAUGCGGUGGUCACAUGGACAUGUUGAAAUAUUUCGUCGAAGAAAGAAAGAUAUCUGAUGAGGUGAAGAGUGACUGCGUGGGAAACGCUACAAUGUAUGGCCAACUCGAUUGCCUCAAAUACUUAGUCGAAGAGGCGAGAGCGCCUCUUACCGACUGGCGAGACAUCGCUUUCGCUCGGUAUAACGAGCAUACCGAGUGCGAAAACUACUUGCGAGAGAAAGGGUGCCCAGAACCAACGGACGAAGAAUACACCACAUAUUGUACAGUGAGGCACCGAAUAGAAGAAGAAGCACGGCGGCAGAACAGCAGAGAGUGA